UAUAUGUGUAUAUAUGUGUAGAUUACAUACAUAUAUAAGUGUUAAGCUGAAGGAUACGAUAGUGAUGUUAGGUUUGUCGAGCAAGUUAGUGUCCAUGCAUGAUGUGAUGUGAAUUAACUAGAAGGUUUUGACAAUUUCUCGUGAUUAACAAUGCUACACAAGUUAUCUAACAUAGGAAUUUUAAUGAGGAAUUAUUAAAAAAGAAGCCAGGAUGAAACCACACGACGCAAAUAGUACCCUUGUUUCUUUGUUAAUGGGUGUGCAGUUUAUACAGACAGCGUUGGGACGAUUUCCACCAUUUUUUCAGACGGCUCCAAGAAUAGUGCCAGUACAGUCUCCACUUCCAGACAGACUAUUUGAACUUCCAACGUCACCGCGAUACACGAAAUUUCUUCCGAAGAAGAAAAACCUUAAAACAAGGAAAUUGAUAAAACGUCUUGGACAUGCCUUUAAUCCCGAAUGGAUGUCCAUAGACCAACCUGUACAUAUUCACGAAGUAGUUUCCGAUGAAGUUGAUAUUAAAUUAGUAUCCGAAGCACGCCAUGUUAAUUUCUCCAUGUCCGGAUCGGACGGGAAGCGCCAGAAUAUCAGUGGAUCUAUGCUCGCGGCUUUUCAAGAAUGGUUAGUACAGCGUGGUUCCUGUCCAGUUCACUUUGUUUGGGAGGAUCUUGGUAUUAACUUUUGGCCGCGAUGGGUAAAACGGGGCUUCUGUGUGGAUGAACAGUCCUGCUCAUGGCCGCCAGGAAUGCAUUGUUUGCCCGCGGAAAAUAGGCGAAUACGUCUGCUAAGAUGGCAAUGUCAACCACGCGGUGCGAAAUUUAAAGGAGGACGUUACGUGGGUAAAAAGGGGGAUGAUGACGUCGAUUCUAACGCCACCGAGAACUGGCCCAAAAUAACCCACAAACAGAGACGAAAAAGAUAUGGCAUGAAGUGUAAAUGGAUAAAAAUUCCCUACCCUAUAACUGACGAGUGUUUCUGUUCGUGUUGAGGGUAUGACGACUGGUAUAAUCGUGAACAACUCGAUGAUAUAGGGUAUGAAGACUCGUAUAAUCGUGAACAAACUAGAUGAUAAUUGACGCUUGAAAGAGACUCGAGCUUAAAUCAGUAAUAUUAUGUAUUAUGAAAUUGGAAUGUUUGUGUACGCUGGCUCCACUUCGUUGUUUCAAACAACGGAUAUAUUGAUAUUUCUAAUAUUAUGAUAUUUUGGCAUUUAGUGAGUUCUAAUUGAGCCCGAAGCCAUUAGACAGCGGUUUCAAAAUACUGAUAUAGCUUUAACAGUGCUUAUGUUGAUAUGAAUAGAACAUUCUGUGGAAUGUGAGAUCUUUAGAACUAAGUUACUAUAUUCACAACAUUGUGUUCAAUAAUAAGUGAUCGUACAAACAUUUAUUUAAUACAUACUUAUAGCGAAACAAAUGUUUUUUUUUCAGAAUUUUCAAAACAUCCAUUAAACCUCUUUGAUUUAGAUAAAAAUGUUGUACUGAACUAAAUUGGUCCGAUCUCUUAUUUCAAUUAGUGAUGGGUGCAGCACAAUUCAUAUGGGUGUGAUUUUUGCCUUACUGUGUCGACAGUGGAACAUAAAAGCCAUUAUAUCUCAACACGGGGCUUUAUCCACAGAUGGUUAUAUCUAUAUCACAACACAGGGUUUUAUCUAGAGACUUUAAAUUUUCAAUGAAGACGGGUUGUCAUCCUACAAUAUACACAGAAAAUCUAAUUAAAUCGAAAAUUUCAUUUUCUAUCCAAAUCAAAGAGGUUUACAUAUUGUUUUCAUAUUAUGAUAUACUAUAGAGACGUUAAUAUAUAAUAUAGAAACGUUUUCAUGUUAUAGUUUUAUAACAUAAUAUAGAGACGUGUUCAUAUUAUGGUUUAUAAGAUAUAAGGCCGUUUUCAUGUUAUAGUUUAUAACAGAUAAAACAGAGACGUUUGUAUGCUAUAACAUAUGAUAUAGAGACGUUUUCGUGUUAUAGUUUAUAACCUAUAAUAUAGAGUCGUUUCCAUGUUAUAGUUUAUAACAUAUAAUACAGAGACGUUUUCAUGUUAUAGUUCAUAACAUAUGAUAUAGAGACGUUUUCGUGUUAUAGUUUAUAACCUAUAGUUAUAGUUUAUAACAUAUAAUAUAGAGAUGUUUUCAUGUUAUAGUUCAUAAGAUAUAAUAUAGAGACGUUUUCAUGUUAUAGCUUAUAACAUAUAAUAGAGACGUUUUCAUGUUAUAGCUUAUAACAUAUAAUAUAGAAACAUUUUCAUCUUAUAGUUUAUAACAUAUAAUAUAGAGUCGUUUCCAUGUUAUAGUUUGUAACAUAUAAUAUAGAGACGUUUGCAUAUUAUGGUUUAUAACAUAUAUGUACAGUGGCGGCGCCAGCCGUCGGUGAUUGGAGGGGCAAAGCUGGGGCAAAGUACAAGGUUAAGGGUCCAGAGGCACGAGCUACAACUAGGGGUAAGGGGGCUUCCCCAGAAAAUUUUGAAAAAUAGGUUGCCGGAAAUGCAGCCUGGCAGUAUUUCAGGCACUGAUCGAUGAGGUAAAGUGUCAAACGAACGGACUUGCGAAUCACGACGAAGCCUACUCACGAGCGUCAAAGUAGGGAGUCCUGCCCCAGAAAAUUUUGAAAAAUAGACUGUCGGAAAUGCUCUACAACAUGCAAGUUUAUGACUGAGUGGGGAUGUGGGAUUUAUUCACCGUAGAAGGUAUGGAUUACCGAAACGUAUCACAAAUAUUUUUUUUUAUUUUCUAAAAUUAUUGGGGGGGGGGGGCAAACAGAGGGCAGACCAGAUUAAUGGGGGCAAAUGCCCCCCUUGCCCCCCCCCCUGGCGCCGCCACUGUAUAUGUAUAAUAUAGGUAUGGUAGCUCUGGGCACUCGGACCAACAGGUUUACUCCAGGCCUCAUAGCGGCCUCAUAGCUUGAUUCACCUUUCAGACACCCGACUCAUAGACCAUUAUUCUCUUCGGAAUUUGGCCAUUAUAUAUUUCAGUGAAUUCAAAGAUGAAUUUUAUUUAUUUUGAUCUGGUCCCUCAGAUCCUCUGACUGCCCGAGACCGAGUCCGCCACUGAAUAUAAUAAAGUUUUCAUAAAACAUACUGGAUGUAUGAUUAACAUGUUAUUAUAAAAUAUAUAAACUAUUUUGAUGGUGAUGUAAAUAAUAUUAAUACUAUACUUAAUACAAAGACAAGGUGAUAAUUACACGCUUAUGGCAUAUAACAGGCCCACUUAUGAUAAUAUUAUCUCGAUAGUAAUACUCAAAUAUACGCACACAAAAUCUUAAUAACGACUUUAAAUUUAAUAUUAUAUUUUGUAAUUGCAUGGUGUUUACGUCUUCUUUUUAAAUGUGGCGCCGUGGCCAAGAGACAAGAUAAUUUCACACACUGAAUUUUACAUGAUCAUCUUUUACCACGCGGUUACUUAAGAAACACAGAUCUACAUUUCGCUCCAUGAACGGUAAUUCCCUGCUUCGAUUUAUAUGAUGUCUGCGCAAACUCAGACUGCGCAAGUUAGUUUUAAUCUGGACAUCGUCUACAAGCAAAAAAUAUUAGAAAUGAAUGAAUGAAUGAAUGAAUGCACACUCAGAUUGCGCAAGUUAGUUAAUCUGGACGUCGUCUACAAGCAAACAAAUAUUAGAAAUGAAUGAAUGAAUAAAUGCGCAGACUCAGAUUGCGUAAGUUGGUUAAUCUGGACGUUUUCUACAAACAAGAAAUAUUAGAAAUGAAUAAAUGAAUGAAUGAAUGACAAUUAACGUCUUACUUUUCUGCCCCUAAUGAGGACGUGUCUACAUUUUUCGGUACUUUCCCCUUUUUCACUCGCUCUUGGUUCCAGCACUCUUCGCCAUAGUUCUAUAUGACGUCAUUUCUGUUUCCUUAGAGAUUAUUUUUAAAUGUCUUAUUUAUUACCUUGAAGAAGAAGAGGGUCCAUCUUCGAAACGUUAGUCUAAUAGUAUCUGACGAUGAAAACAGUGUUAGUGUCGCUCUUGUUUAUUCACUUCCAUAUAUAUUAGAAAUGUGAAAAGCUUUCAAUAAAAAACAAAGUUUUUCAAAAAUCAUCUACAAGAAUCAACCUGUAGUUAGUUUUCAGUUAAACCAGUUUUUAUAUAAUAUAAAAACACUAAACUGUUGUAGAAAUUGUAAAAUAAUUAUUUCGUUCCGUUUGUGUUAUAAUUUCUCGUCGUAAAUUUGUUUAAAUAAACGUUAUAGUAAUGUUGCUGUAUAUGACAACAGUCAAUGACUUGUAUUAAGCCAUGAAUGUAGAUAUUGUUUUUGUUUUAUCAGAUUAUUAAAUCAGAUAAAAUAAUA